CUUAUCCAUGGCCUCUGUCUUGUUCUCCCCUGAAUCUGCAAUGAGACUGAGAACCUCAAAUCUCGCUGGAAAACAAUCAUGAACGCCUUAGCCUCAACGUCUCUCUGCAAUUUAAAGCUUCCCUCGACCUCUCUAGUUCUCAAGAACGCCUCGUUGCCGACCCAGUUUCGCUGCAAACCGUUCAAGAUUUGUGCUAAUUCAAACGAACUUGUAAAUACCAAGACUGUUCAAGAACCCGAACAAUCGGAUGCAGCGGCCAAAAUAGAUGGAGAAGAAGAAAAUCAAGAAACUCAACCUGACGGCAAUGUUUCUGCUGCGAAAUCAUCAACUGCUCUUGGAGUCGACAAAGACCUCAAAAAGGUCGUUCAAAAGACAGCUGCAACUUUUGCACCAAGGGCUUCAACUGCUACCAAAAACCCUGCUGUCCCUGGAACUGCUUUAUAUUCUGUUUUUGAAAUCCAAGGCUAUGUCUCAAUGUUACUUGGUGGAGCUCUCUCUUUCAAUCUUAUAUUCCCAUCAAAUGAACCAGAUAUUUGGAGACUAAUGGGAAUGUGGUCAAUCUGGAUGUUCACAGUGCCCUUGGUGAGGAAUAUCAGUGAGCUUCCGCAGGAUAAUUAUGGGCGGCCUGGUUUGUCUCACAUCACCAUUGCUGGAUCAGUCCUGCAUGGGAUGAAAGAGGUUGAGGUAUGGCUUCAAACAUUUGCUCCAGGAUCACACACGCCUAUCCACAGGCACUCCUGUGAAGAAGUUUUCAUUGUCUUAAAGGGGAGUGGCACUCUCUAUCUUGCCUCAAAUUCACAUCUGAAAUAUCCAGGAGAGCCACAAGCAUUUCCCAUCUCCACAAAUAGCACAUUCCAUAUCCCUGUUAAUGAUGCUCACCAGAAUUAAGAGGUGGAUGGAGGUGGAAGAACUCUUCAUCGAUGGAUUUAGAAUAAGAACCCAAUUGUGAGCUACAUCAUAUUGCUUGUAUUGAGUCAAAUGGUAGGUAUUUCCAAGGGUUUCUGGCCCUGGGGGUGGGAAGAAAGGAUACAGCUGGUGGCUGAAGCUAACCUUAUUCAAGGCAACAACAUAUAUAAUUAUUAGGAAGCUUCUGCUUAGGGUUACAGCUGAGCCUAAUUGAGCCAAGUAGUUGGUUAUUUAAGUGUCUUGACUCUUUAUAACUAAAUUAAUCCUGGAACGCGUCUACCCUCGUUUUGUUUUAUCUUUGAGUUGAUCACAAAUGAAUUUCAAUCUAGAUUAACUUGAGUAGACUGGGUUAUUUUAUAUGGUGCUGACUUUGGAAGUAUUGAGUUAAACAGAAGUUGAGCUCAAGUAACUUUGUUUCUCUUUUUGCACUACUUGUAGUACUGUGUUGAUGGUGAUGAAGAACCACAAAGAAUGAGAGGGGGGAGAAAAGAAGAAUAGUAAGCAUUAAAAGAAUAAUAGAUGAUAACCGAAAAGAACUUUAUCAAAACGGACCUAUAUCCAUUGAAUAACAUAACCUGGUAUUCUGUCAAACAAUAAAGGUUAAUAUUUAGGUUGA